AUGUUGGCAAUAAGAUGUCGAUUAGCAUUGAAUUCAUCUCGAAUUUUGGCUACAGCUGGUGUAAUUACAAAAAGAGAACAAAAACGACAUUCAUCUUUAACAAUAAAAACACUCAAUCCACUUGUGAAAGAAGUUGAAUAUGCUGUUAGAGGUCCAAUUGUUAUUCGUGCUGGAGAGAUUGAAAAACAAUUAAAAGUAAUCAGAUUUUCUUUUAUUUUUUAUCAUCAUAUUUUAACAAAAUAA